UAUUACUAUCUGAAUUUUUCUGGGCUGUGAUGGUAUGUAUUGCGGCGCCGUCUUAUGAUGUCAAUUACUCAAUUUUUUUUUUUUUUCAUUUUUAUCAGGAUUUAGGCAUGACUAUUUAACUUUUGAGUUGUUGUCUCUUGAAAUAUUUGAUGCAGUUCUUCCGUUGUCGGUCAAAACAACCUUCUUUUUGUAUCCAAUUGGACUCGGGGAUCAUAGUAAGUUCUUAUGAUGUCUCUUCUUUUAGUUCGUCAUCUUUGUAAGUCAUUCCUUUUCCGUCUUUUUCAUGGCCAUUGAAUCUGUAUGAAGUGAUGAUUCUCACUGGCUUAAAUCCUUCCUACUGGAUAUAUUUAUUAUGAGCGUAUAGUUCAGCUAGAACUCUGUGACUGAGAGUCGCAAUCGAUGAAUGUGCUCCGUGUCCAUUCGAACGAAUAGCUUGGUAGACCUCUCGUUAAAUGUCAAGCAAAGAGGUAGAAAAUUGAUGGUCCUCGGAGAUUCAGUUGUCCAGAUACACAGCAGAGAGAGAGAGAGAGAAACGCGAUCCAUACUUGGCAGCGGCGAAUCAACAACGCGUGGUGGAAGACAAAGAAGAGAAGAGAUGAUACUGAUUACAAUUGCAUGCCGGGAAUGAGAUCACCGGUUGUUUCCCUCAGGGUGCGGGUACAGAGGAGACGUUGCCCGAAAAAGGCCGGUUUAUUCCGCCGCCAGCUUCAUCGUCUGCGACGGGCGAGGGGAUGUCGUACGACGUGGACGGUCAAACUUGGUUCUUCUCUCUUGCUUUCGCGAAGGGAGGGAGCGCGUUUGUAGGAUGGCGGUUUCAGGUUCGAGGACAAGUGCUUCGCCAAGAUAUGUGUAAGAGAGAGAGAGAGAGAGAGAGAUUUAAGCUCGUCCAUUACUUUUUCUUCCUCCCCCACAACAAAAAAGCAACGAAUAAAUUCAUGAACAUGCCUUCUUUUGCAAGUAGGAUCGGUCUUCCAUGCAUUCUCUUUCUUCUCCGUUCUUAUAGUUUGCAGGUUUCCUGAGCGCCAGGAAACCUUCCUUUGAUUUGGGGGACCGCAUAAAACAUAGUUGCUAAUCUGCGAGGAUUCGUUCUAGGAAUCGGGGGGAAUGAGGCUAAAUGUGUUUCUGCUGAUCUUGCUUCUUCAUGGGGCCGCAGCUGUGAAGCCUCCUGCAAAGUGGCAGACCUUGAGCGGUGAGGCUCCUGUGGUUGUAGCGCGAGGUGGCUUUUCUGGGAUCUUCCCCGAGUCUAGCCAAUAUGCAUACCAGAUUGCAGAGUCUACAAGUUUGAAAAAUGUGGUUCUGCUUUGUGAUCUUCAAUUAACAAAAGAUGGAGGUGGUAUCUGCCAGUCAGAUUUGAGACUUGAUAAUUCGACAACUAUUUCAUCUGUCUUCCCUAAAGGGCAGAAAACUUAUUCUGUAAACGGACAGCCUCUUACUGGAUGGUUUUCAGUUGAUUUCACUUCAGACCAAAUAUAUAACAAUGUCUCAUUGAUUCAAAAUAUUUUUACUCGACCAAGUGUCUUUGAUGGGAGUUUACCAAUAUCCAUGGUGGAAGAUGUCACUGGGCUUCACCCUUAUCAGUUUUGGAUAAAUGUGCAGUACAGCAUCUUUUUUAAAGAACACAAACAGGAUGUAGCAACCUACAUUACAACAGCAUCAGAACAGAUGGUUAUUGACUAUAUCUCUUCUCCAGAAAUAGCAUUCCUGAAGAGUCUGAGUGGGAAGCUUAGAAGUGGCAAGACAAAGCUCAUAUUCCGAUUCUUAGAAGUGGAUGAUGUGGAACCUUCCGCUAAACAAACAUAUAAAGCUCUCCUAAAUGAUCUUUCCACUAUCAAGUCAUUUGCUUCUGGGAUUCUUGUUCCCAAAAGCUACAUCUGGCCCGUUAACAAAGAUCAAUAUCUAGAGCCCCAUACUUCUUUGGUCACAGAUGCUCACAACCUGGGCCUAGAAGUUUAUGCAUCCAAUUUUGCAAAUGACAUGCCUGCAAGUUACAACUAUAGCUUUGAUCCGACUGCAGAGUACCUGCAGUUUAUUGACAACUCAAAUUUCUCUGUUGAUGGUGUGCUUACGGAUUUUCCUUCGACAGCAUCAGAAGCUGUGGCUUGUUUGGCACACAACAAGAACAACACACUGCCCACUGAAGGAAGACCGCUAAUUAUAACACACAAUGGUGCCAGUGGGGUCUUUGCGGGGUGCACUGAUCUUGCCUAUCAACAAGCAGCAGAAGAUGGUGCUGACAUACUUGACUGUUCUGUGCAGAUGUCAAAGGAUGGAGUAGUCUUCUGUUUGGAUUCAGCUGAUCUUAUGGGUCACACAACAGCAAUAAAAACGUUUAUGCCCCGAGCAACAGUAGUGCCUGAGAUACAAAAAGAAAAUGGAAUCUUUUCAUUUGACCUCACAUGGAGUGAGAUUCAGAGCUUGAAGCCGGAGUUGACAACCCCAUUAUCUCAGUCUGGCUUGGCAAGAAAUCCAGCAGCCAAAAAUCAGGGCAAGUUCAUGACACUGACUGACUUCUUGGAGUUUGCAAAAAAGAGCACAGUCGCUGGAGUUUUGAUCAACAUAGAGAAUGCUGGUUACCUCGCUUCAAAGAAAGGUCUUGGGAUUGUAGAAGCAGUCUCCACCGCAUUGACAAAUGCCAGUUACGACAAACUACCAAAAAAGCAAGUGUUAAUCCAGUCUGAUGAUACGGCAGUCCUCUCUGCAUUCAAGAAAAAUUCUGGCUACAAACGAGUACUCUAUGUUAAGGAGACAAUAAGUGAUGCUCCAAAGCCAACCGUUGAUGAGAUCAAACACUCUGCAGAUGCAGUUAACCUUCCUAGAUCAUCUAUUGUUGCUGACUCAGGCUUCUUCGUCUCUGCCUUCACUGGCGUGGUUGAUAAGAUGCAUGCGGCAAACAUAUCUGUUUAUGUUUCGGUCCUGAGGAACGAGUUCUUGGCAAUAGCAUUUGAUUACUUCUCGGACCCCAUGGUUGAGCUCGCUACCUAUGUUGCAGGUGUUCAAGUUGAUGGUGUUGCGACCGAGUUUCCAGCAACUCUGGCCGCAUACUUGAGGAGCCCAUGCUCUAACAUGAAUGCCAAAUUGCCCUACUCCAUCUUACCGGUUGAGCCUGGUAGUCUCCUCUCACUGGUUUCGCCUGAAGCAUUGCCUCCAGCCGAAGCCCCUGCGCCUGUUCUUGCGGUCGCCGACAUCCAAGAUCCACCACUGCCGCCGGUUGCAGAUCUUUCUGACAAGGCAUCAGUCACCGCUGCACCCCAGACUUCGCCACCACGGAGUGGACAGUCAGCGAUCGCCGUGAACGCAGCUCUUUCUCUUUUGAUAGUGAUGCUCAGCUUCGUUCAGCUGAGGUUUCUCUGAUAUGGUGCCUUCAUCUGAUUCAACUUGUGAAUGUUGGCUGUGUGUUCUCGAAUCGAUUGGAUUACUAAUAAGAACAGCAUUUGU